ACCUUGUUUGAAAUUUUGAUUCAUUUCCAACUUGAAAGACCUACAAUAAAUCUUGCAUUACCUUUCUCUCUUUCCCUUUGCUCAUUUCUUGCUCUGUCUAUUUUCCUUUCUCUCUAUUUUCAUUUUCAUCUCUUCUGGUUUUCCCUCAACCCAUGCGAUGUAAACAAUGUUAACUGUUCAAAGAAGAAUUCUAAACAUGCUGUUAACACAAUUACCUUCUAUUUUAUAGUAAAUUGUAAUACUUGAUUAAAGUCAAUUGUUUCCAUCAAUGUGAUUAAAUCAUCAACCGUUAGCUCAACAACAAUGGGAUCUUGAAAAUUUUAAAUAAUUUUUUCGCUUUUUCUGUGUAAAAAUCUCAUUUUUUCAGUUUUCUACCAUCACUCUAAUCCCUCCUUUAUUGUUUUGGAUCUUCAUUCUUUCAUCAUGAACUUAUAAUUAAUUGUGGUUAUUUCUGACAUUUCAUUUUAUUUUUGAUUCCUCUAUUUUACUGCGGUUUACUGCUACAAUUGAUCUUUUUGAGAUGCCUGGUGUUCGAGAAACAAUUAACUCAAGCUUCACAGCAUGCAGAACAGGAUUGAGAAAAUGCUGGCAAUGGAUUCAGUGUCACAAGCCAAUUGUGUUCAUUCUUCAAGAUCAAUACAAUGUUCUUUGCUUAGGAUUAAGUGGUGCUGGUAAAACAACCUUAUUAUCUCAUCUGGUGGAUGAACCACUAUCUAAUUGUGAACCUACUAGUGGAUUUAAUAUUAAAACAUUGCCAAUCAAGAACACUGUAAUUAGUAUAAAGGAGCUUGGAGGAUCAUUUCAAGUUCAACGUUUUUGGGACCAUUAUUUUGGAAGUAAACAUGGCAUCCUUUUUGUUGUUGAUUCAUCUGAUACAGAUGAGGAAUUAAAUACUGCCAAGGAAGCUUUAAGAGUUGUUCUGUCCGAUCAACGGCUCACCGGUAAACCUUGCCUUAUAUUAGGUACUCACUCUGAUUUAGAUGGAGCUAGAAGCUCAGAGGAAAUUGAACGUUAUUUUCAACCCUUGAUGAAUGGAAGGAAAUGGUGUGUCUCAUGUUGCUCUGCAUACGAUCGAUCUCAAAUUGUUUCUGCCCUUGAAACGCUUAUUGAUCUCAUGGUUAUGAAUAUUUGAUACUCACAAAUUUGUCAGAUGUAUUGAAAACUUCAAAUUGUCAUAAUAUCUGAUUACCACCAAGAUAUUUUGCAUCCCGUCAACUGGAUAUUUAUUGGAUUUAUUUAAUCAUAGUGCAGUUGAAUAUGUGAUCAAUUCCAUUUUCAAUUUUAACCAAGUACGACAAUUCUGCGAAGUCAAUAGUGUUAUUUCCAAGUACCAUCAACAGCAAACCUUUUCUUCAUUUAUACCUGUAACUUACUUUACUACCUAUGAAUGUACAAUGGAGUCUUUGAAGUAUAAUCAACUCUAGUAAAAAAGCUGAACCACAAUUGCUACUUUUGGUUGACAAUCCUUUUCAAGAUGGUCAUCACUUUAAUCAAUCCUAAGAUCAACAGUGAAAUUAAAUUUCAUUUUAUUAUCUAUCUAUUACCAUAUUAUCGUCUCGAAGUAAUCAAGUGAUAAUAAUGAUUCAAAGAACUACAGACCAGGAAUCCAAAUGGUUUAUUAUUGUUCGAAACCAAACCAACAAUGAAAUUAAAGUUGAAAUGAAUUGACCACAAUAAACUUAAUUUUGAGCUCAAAA